AUGGACAACUUGGGAGAGAAGAGGGCAGCAGCCAAGAUGGCCUCCCGUCUGCCUGUCCCACCGAGCAGAAAAAGAGCUUUGAGUGAUGAAAACCUGGAGCAGAUGGCAAGGGUAAAAGAGCAGGGGGUGUGUGUCAUAUUAAUUAUGGUCUUUUUUUCCCAGCAAAAAACAAACAUUUUGAUUGCAGAUAAAAAUUAACAGACAUAUCUAGUUUACCUUCACAUUUUUAAUAGCAGAGGUUUUAUUUUUGUCCUACACAGUGUAGCAGUGUGUCUAACCUCAUCCAAUUUGAUCUCUGCUGCGCUGAUAGACUCUACCCCUUCUUCUGGGUGUUUCCUACAAGUCUAUAAAUCACAGGUUUCAAUGAGACUUGGGCAGAGCCUAAAUACAGCAUAAAGUUAGGCAUGAAUUCCCAUCAGCUACUUGGGCCUCCCCGUUUUAGACCAGUUAACUGCAUUUCAUUAUCAUUGUUAAAGUGCUGCGGAGAGGGGUAAGGUGAUUAUGUAUUUUUAUUUAUUUCUUUUCAAUUUCAUUUCUCAGAAGAGAUCCAAAACCACCUCCCCAGAUGACACAAUGACUACAGUACAUGUGGCAGCAAGCAUUGCCACAUCUAAGCCUCGUUCUGUUGUAGCAGCUUUUCCGAAGCCACCAGUUAUAGGUAUGUAACAGAAAACUCUGGCAGUGCCAUUAUUGUCAAUCAAUGUUAAAUCUGUAAAGUAGUAAUUCCACAUCACUGUAAUUCACAGGACGGCAAACAUUGGCAGUUAUCAGGCCCAAGAAUCGGAACGUUGGGGUUAACUCUGCAGGUAUGUGCAUUGUGAAUUUGUCUUUAUACAUUAGUUUGAAAUGAAGGUAGGCUUACUUGUCUAAUAUUGAAGGUGGGUGGGGGGUGAGAGGAUCAUCCUACCGAUAGUUUUCUAAUGUGUCUUUUGUGUCUUAGAGACAUUCUAUGCUGGACUUGACACAUUCUUCUUAUUAAUGGGCCACUAUAGUGACUAAAACAACUUUAGCUUAAAGGACCACUCUAGGCACCCAGACCACUUCAGUUUAAUGAAGUGGUCUGGGUGCCAGGUCCAGCUAGGAUUAACCCAUUUUUAUUUUUUUUUUAUAAACAUAGCAGUUUCAGAGAAACUGCUAUGUUUAUAAAUGGGUUAAUCCUACCUCCAAUUCCUCUAGCGGCUGUCUCAUUGACAGCCGCUAGAGGCGCUUGCGUGAUUCUCACUGUGAAAAUCAGUGAGAGCACGCCAGCGUCCAUAGGAAAGCAUUGUAAAUGCUUUCCUAUGUGACCGGCUGAAUGCGCGCGCAGCCAGCCGCAUGGGAGGAUCGGAGGAGGAGAGCUCUCCGCCCAGUGCUGGAAAAAGGUAAGUUUUAACCCCUUUCCAGAGCCAGGCAGGAGGGGGACCCUGAGGGUGGGGGCACCCUCAGGGCACUAUAGUGGUCCUUUAAUGAAGCAGUUUUAGUGUAUAGAUUAUGCCUCUGAAGUUUCUCUGCUCAAUUCUUUGCCAUUUAGGAGUUAAUUCAAUUUUGUUUCUGUUUAUGUUGCAUUAGCCACACCUUCCCUAGUUGUGACUGAUACCGCCUGCAUGAAAACAAAAUGGUUUAAUUCUCAGAUGUAACUUACUUUAAAAGCUUUUAUCUCCUGGUCUGUAAUUUGAACAUAAAUUACAUACAAUAGGCUCGUGUAGGGUCUAGCAAGCUAUCGACCGAGCUGGAGAUGAGAGAUUUUAAACUAAACAGAAUUUGCAGUAAAGGUAAACAUUAGAUGACUCUUUACAGGAAGUGUUUAGGAAGGCUGUGUAAGUCAUAUACAGGGAGGUGUGCCUAGGGAUGCAUAAACAAAGUGAUUUAACUUUUAUAAUGUCAAAGAUGCUUACUUUGAAUUUAUUCUCCAGAAACACGGUUUACUAAAACUAUCUUUUCAUAAAUGUUCUUGAAUAAAUAGUCCUGUUGACUGUUUAAUGAUCAAAAGAGGGGUCCAUGCACUUUAUGAUGUGACUUUAUUUGGACACGAAAGGCAUUUUAACUCCAUUUAUAUACUUCUGUGCUUGGGCUUUCUAUCUUGCUGGAAAAAAGGUCAUGCCAACUUAGAAGAUUCACAACUAUGCAUGUUCAGCCCUUAACCCCUUGCUUCUUCGGUUGUGGCAUGUGUAUGUCUAGUCUGUAGUGUGGUCUGUCAGUCCAAGUUGUACGUGUACUAUCAUGUUUGCCAUAUACACAUUGUGCUGGACAUGUGAUUGCCUAGGGUGUUCCUUGAAUGGAUACCAAAGACACUGUUACUGUUUCAUUUCAUUGAAGUGGUUUUAGUGUCUGGAAUCCCAUAUCGCUUGCUUCUAUUCAGUGUUAAACCGAUUUGUUUUACAUUUUAAUGCUCACAGUCGAUAGCAGUCCUGCUGCAUUGGAUAAUCAGGGAGAAUUAUGCAGAGCAUCAAUCUGCAUCUGUGAUUGACCACUUUAAGCUUAUCACAGGCACCAACAGUGUCUCUUUAAAUAGCCAUCGUAUCAAUACUUUCUCAUUUGUUUACCACUUAAACUAUAUAAUAGUUUGAAUAUGGCAUUCAAUUUACUGAAUAAUUACAGGAUGGCACAGUUUGUGUAGUUGUACAUUGGAUUGGUGUUGUAUUGAUAAAUUAGGAGCGCUGUGAUUUGUACUGUAUUCAGUGAUUGCUUACAAUAAACUGUCAUGUAAAUCUGUUUUCAUGUUUCACAGCAAACUCUGCGAAAUCUCGACUCAAUGUAUCAGGUAAGACUACCUCGUCGUAUGUUUUGCUUUCUUGUUUUCUAGCGUCUCUCUCGCCUGCCCUCUCCCUCCCUCUAAAACCAAUGCAGACUAUGGUGUUAAGAAUUUACAAUUUCUACAUGUAAAAUGUGCUGCUCGUUAACCUUUCUGCCCUCAUUAACAUUUUGGUUAACCGCAGACACGUCCAACUCCCAAACGGUCAGAUGGGUGGUCGUCGUUCGUAUGAAGGCACAUGUGGCGACUGCCAUCUUGGACAGUGAAACGGCCAGCGGUGUUCGUCGACAAACCCUUGGAACUGUUUUUGGGCACUGCUUCCCGCGAACACCGCUGAAAUCACUGACCAUCCGUUGCUCUGUUCCAAAUUCAUACGAACGCUGUGCCUUUCGGUAAAUUGACAAUACACGAAGGGAACUGUACCAGAUAGUAAACCCAUGGAGCUCAUUCGUUUCGUCGAACGCCCAAUGUAUAAACUUCAACCAUUCAUGGCGAUUGAACUAUAUGUAUGGGAUCUGAGCGCUGUUCAGUUAAUUAAAAAAAAACAAUUUUUAACCGAACAGCGCUCAGAUCCCAUACAUAUAGUUCAAUCGCCAUGAAUGGUUGAAGUUUAUACAUUGGGCGUUCGACGAAACGAAUGAGCUCCAUGGGUUUACGAUCUGGUACAGUUCCGUUCGUGUAUUGUCAAUUUACCGGAUGGUCGGUGAUUUCAACGGUGUUCCCGGGAAGCCAUGUCCGAAAUCCGUUCCAAGGGUUUGUCACCAAACACCGCUGGGCAUUCGACUGUCCAAGAUGACCGCCGCCACAUGUUCAUUCAUACGAAUGACGACCACCCAGUCGACCGGGAGUUGGCAGUGUCUGCGGUUAACCACAAUGUUAAUGAGAGCAGAAAGGUUAAAGAGCAGCACACUUCCCUGCUGGGUGGCCUGCCAUUCGGUAGUUUGUUCGUCUUUUGAUGAAUGCAAGCAGGAAACAUACGAACAACUGGCGAACAAACAGACGAAUUAGGUUUUAAAUAAUAACCCAAAAGCAGAUAGGUCUGCCACACAAGGGAUGUGUCACCUUCCACAUCAUUGCAAUCUCUGUAUCUUCUCCACAAACUCAAGAAUGCACUUUAUUUUUCUAAUUCUAUUUGAAAAUCAUAUGAUAAGUUCUACAUUUUGCCAUUUAUCAUCAAGGUAUAUUUAUUACUGUACAUCUAUUGCUCUGUGCUUGGGUUCUGGUUGUCUCAUGCUUAUCUCUAGAAUCUAAAUUGUAUUUCUGACAAUUCUCACCCUUGUGAAUAAUCCUGUAUGUGUUCCCCCACUGCUCAUUACUUGUGUUGUCUCUGUGUGCUUGGGUUAUAGCUCUGUGUUCUCUCACUGUUGUGUACUUGGGUUAUAGCUGUGUGUUUUCUCACUGCUGUGUACGUAGGUUCUAGAUGUGUUGUCUCACUUAUGUCCUUGCUUUGUUUUGUUAAAGUACCCUCUCAACCAUCGACCACUGCAGCUGAUAAAAAGAAACGUGCUGCCUGGGAUCUUAAGGGUCAGGUUAAUGACAUGAAGGACAAAGUCACAACCUUCAAGAGUAAAGUACAGACGCUGUCAGGGGAGAAUGCUCGUCUUCUAACCACCAGAGAGCAGUUACAAAGACAGGCGGAGGCCUUGACCUCUGAGAAUUCCAAGCUGAACCAAGAGCGACAGUGAGUUCACUCUCAACUUUAACGUAUUAUGUUUACUGCUCACCGGCAGUAAACCUGAUAGGAAGUCUGCUGACCACCUUUCUCGGUGGGGAUCUCAGUCACUCUUGUCCUGUGCCUUAUUUACAGUUCCACAUCUAUGCUUAUCAUCACAGAUGAAAUGCUGGGGACACUAUUGUCCAACAAUAGCACCCCUCCUACGCAGUGGAUCGACUUAUCCUUUUUCCUACGUGUACCUCCAUAUUUACCAAUUCGUGUUACCAUCUUGUCGUAGUCCUCAUUGUAUCAGCCUAUGAUUUUAAAGGACCACUAUAGUGCCAGGAAAACAUACUCGUUUUCCUGGCACUAUAGUGCCCUGAGGAUGCCCCCACCCUCAGGGUCCCCCUCCCGCCCGGCUCUGGAAAGGGGUAAAAACUUACCUUUUUCCAGCGCUGGGCGGGGAGCUCUCCUCCUCCUCCUGGGCUGAAUGCGCUCGCGCGGCAAGAGCUUUUCCUAUGGACGCUUGCGUGCUCUCACUGUGAAAAUCACAGUGAGAAUCACGCAAGCGCCUCUAGUGGCUGUCAAUGAGACAGCCACUAGAGGGAAUAGGGGGAAGGCUUAACCCAUUAAUAAACAUAGCAGUUUCUCUGAAACUGCUAUGUUUAUUAAAAAAUGGGUUAACCCUAGCUGGACCAGGCACCCAGACCACUUCAUUAAGCUGAAGUGGUCUGGGUGCCUAGAGUGGUCCUUUAAGAGUAUUUUUGGAAAGUAUCUGUAUUUCCUAUGAUGCCAUUUAUGAACUUUUACCUCAGUUUUUCUGGUGCCCAGUCGGGUUCUUCUUUACCGAUAUCUUUAAAGCUGAAGUUUUCCUUCUCCUUUUAGCAUUGUCAAAUUUGACUGAGGAGUGUGAGCUGAUACUUUGCCAAUAAAUCCCUUUCAAUCAUAAAGUUAAUAGAUCCAGCUAAUGUAGAAAAGGAACUGUAGCGAUGAAGAGGGGCUGCUCCUUGACACUUACCUGGCUCCCACUUGGUGUCCAAUUUAAAACUAGUUUGCCUUAUUACUGUCAGACAACGCUAGGGACCUCUGGCACUGUAAGCCCUACAGCACACUAUAAUGGCUAUGGUACUUGGAGUACCACUAUAAGCGACAAUUAGAUUUUUCUCCCCUGAUAUCAUACUGUUCCUUUUUGUACAGAACCCUUGCUUCAAAGCUGCACACCGAGCAACACAAAACGGCCACAUCUGAAAAGGAGAUUGCACGUCUGACUGAGCUUUCUCAGAAGCUGGAAGUGGAGCUAACUGCUUUAAAAAGCCUCUCUGAAGAUUUACAGGGAGCAAACCACAGUCUGACACUACAACUGAAAGAUAAGGAGGUGGGUUUGAAGUUUUGUUGUUUUUUUUUUCAAUAUCUUUGGAAGAACACUGCAGGUUAUGGCCAGGUCUCAUAUCUCCUUGGUAGAACACAAAGCAGGUGUGACUUCUCAAAUAUAGUGUCAGGAGUACAUGUUUGUAUUCCUGACACUAUAAUGUCCUUUAAAGACUAAUGAUAUCUCCUCUCUAUGGUACAGGUUAAACUGAUAUGUGUGCAGGGAGAGAAUACUGUGCUGCAAAACACAGCGAGGGACCAGAGUCAGGAGAUUGCUGCUCUUAAGUCAACAAUUGAACAGAGAGAUACACAAAUCCACACUCUGGAGACUGAACGAAGACGCUUGCACAACAUGGUCCAGGAACUGAAGGUAAGCUUAGCUCCGGAAUCUACUCUUGGACAGCUUAAUUCUCAAAUUUUUUAAAGGGAGAAUUUUAAAUAAUGCUGAUACAAAUUGAGUUUGCACUUGUAAUUUUUCUAAUGAUUUUAGUUUGAUUUCUCACUUUACGUUUAAAUGUCUAUUGUCUGUGUGAUCAAUUAGGGGAACAUCCGCGUUUUUUGUAGAGUUAGACCAACUCUGUCCACUGAGAGGACUCUGCCGGCCAGUCAUAUUGGCUAUCCAGCAAACGAUGAGAAGGCGAUUAUUUUAUCAAAAAUUGAAGAGGUAAAGUAUAUUCAAGCCUCCAUGAUGGCCAUUGUGUAGUUUUGGGUUCUAAUUUCAUCCUGUCCAGUUCAUUAUCAGAUCUAAUACUCUUUGUAUGUUUAUCAAUAUAGAUUGAAUUAUUAUUUAAGCCACACUUUAAACGUGUGGCCAUAUACUAAAACUACAACUACUAAAGUUUGGCAUGGCAGUUGGUUUGUAAUAAACUUCCCUUGAUCUCCUACAAUCAAAUUCCUCAGCUUCUCUGAGUAUUAUUUGAAAUCUAGUCUACAGGAACUGCUGUGAAAGGGUAACCAUGCUGGCAUUACACACUCUUUAAUUACCUUCUAUAUUUUCAGGGUAUUUCUGUAUACAAUCUUCUCAAUAAAUUAUCCGCACCUUGAACACUCUAUCUCUCUCUCUCUCUCCUUAUCUUUCAGUCUCACGUUGGACGAGAAAAAAAAGAAGCCGUAAAGUAUGAUUUUAACUUUGACUGCGUUUUCCCUCCGUCCUGCACUCAAGCCGCUAUCUUUGAGGAAAUCUCAUUAUUGGUCCAAGUAAGUAUCACAGAUGGAAGCUGGCUUGUUUUAAAGGGACAUUACAGGAACAUGUUCACCUUAAGCACACUGCAUAUCUUCUAUACCCCCCUACCCCAGUUUGCGAUGAAUUAAAUCCUCUUUGUUCUGUUUCUUUUAGUCAGCUCUGGAUGGAUACCCAGUGUGUAUAUUUGCGUAUGGCCAAACCGGCAGUGGAAAGACAUACACUAUGGAGGGGCCUGAUGAUCUUUCGAUGAACACCAUGGGAAUGAUUCCCAGGGCCAUCCAACAAAUUUUCCAGAGUGCGGAGGAGCUGAAAACUAAAGGAUGGCAGGUAAGUGAGAGGAUUAUAUGCUGAAAAUCACGGAUGGCCAAUAAAGUAAAUCUUCAGUAGUUGAACUUUAAAGGGACACUAUAGUCACCUGAACAACUUUAGCUUAAUGAAGCAGUUUUGGUGUAUAGAACAUGCCCCUGCAGCCUAACUGCUCAAUCCUCUGCCAUUUAGGAGUUAAAUCCCUUUGUUUAUGAACCCUAGUCACACCUCCCUGCAUGUGACUUGCAGAGCUUCCAUAAACACUUCCUGUAAAGAGAGCCCUAUUUAGGCUUUCUUUAGUGCAAGUUCUGUUUAAUUAAGAUUUUCUUAUCCCCUGCUAUGUUAAUAGCUUGCUAGACCCUGCAAGAGCCUCCUGUAUGUGAUUAAAGUUCAAUUUAGAGAUUGAGAUACAAUUAUUUAAGGUAAAUUACAUCUGUUUGAAAGUGAAACCAGUUUUUUUUGUUUUUUGUUGUUGUUUUUUUUCAAGCAGGCUGUGUCAAUCAUAGCCAGGGGAGGUGUGGCUAGGGUUGCAUAAACAGAAACAAAGUGAUUUAACUCCUAAAUGACAGUGAAUUGAGCAGUGAAAUUGCAUGAUCUAUACACUAAAACUGCUUUAUUUAGCUAAAGUAAUUUAGGUGACUAUAGUGUUCCUUUAAACCCCAUGGGUCUUGCUCUAUUUUUUUAUUAUUUUUGCUGUGCAGAGGUAAACAAUCGUGUCAUGCCACAACAGCAAUUUACACAAACUGCAUAAUACAUAGCGAACGUGGAAAGAGGCAUUUAGGGAGAACAAUUUUUUAGGAAUAUAAUGACCGGUAUAGAACCAUGCAAAGAAAACAGAAGAAAGAUAUCUAGCUAAGACUAGUGAUACAUGCUUGUGAAUGAAUAGAUUAUGAUGAUUAGUGUAGAGCUCCUAGCAUGGUCUUGUUGGGCAAGAUAAAGUCAUAACCUCGGGUAUAAAACGUGGCUACACUGUACUAUUCCACCAUAUGAGGGAAGAAAACGGCAAAUUAAGGUAAACUUAGUGCUCGUUAGGUGUUGGUGACCAGUGUCUCUGGGUGAAUGUUGCUGAGCUUCAGCCGAUGCCUGUAGGUGGCAUAAUUGCUGCACGGCCAGAGAUGGCUUCGCUCCAGAGUCGGGUGCCCCUUCAGCCCCAGGUCUGGGUGAGAGCCAAUAACUUUAUACCACCGACUCGGGUGCUUCUAGAGUCCGAGCCUGUCCCUGUCAUUUUGCGAUCCGAGGAUGUGGUAACAGAGAGCUUGCCUGGGGGUCUCCUGCCUUCAGUAACACUUAGAGUAGGUCGUGAUAGCCAGUAAAUCGGGUUUAAUAUCCUUUUAUCGAUUAGCAAUACAGGAGCUCCAGCGUUUCACGUCUGGCUCGUUUGAAGGUCAGGCCCCGCCCCCCAGUCCUGCUCUAUUGUUUUAAAGAUUGUUUAUAAAAAAUAAAAAGAGCACUGGGCACAACUUAGUUUAAAUCACCUGUCCUAGAGAGCUGAAACAGUCUGGUCACUGCACCACCAACAUUGAGAUCAUCAUUCCUAAUCUCUGGUCCAAAGUAAUGUAUUUCAUACAGAUGCAUUUGUAAAUCUACAGCAAUCAAUGAGAUACCCCAAUCUCUCAUGAGAAUAAUUAAUUAGCUGUUUAGUAUCAUGCUUGUAUUCUGACACAAGACCUUUUGAAAAUCAAUGGAUGAAAGGAUGGGGGUUCCUCUAGUGGCGGUCUCUGACAGCUACUAGGGGUGUGUGUGUGUUUCAAACAAAUGUGUAAACCGUGCAGUUUCUCAGAAACACGAUAGAGCCCUCCGGCCCACCCGACCCGACCCGAAGUGGUCUGAGUAACUACAGUGUCCCUUUAAAAUAAAUGACUUGUCACUAGUUGCAGACUUUCUCAAAAUAAUUCAUAUAUCCAUGGUACAGGGCUUUAUAGUCUACCUUUGUGAUAUGUGUAUAAUAGAAAUGAAGCCUACUAUCUUUCAUUUGUAUAAACUUGUUACCCUAAAUUCAUUAAAUAAGUGUAUUUAAUCUGGAACCCGAUGAUGCACAUUAGUGUUUACCAAUUUAGUAGUGUUUAUUUUUUUAUAUUUUAUUUUAUUUGAUCUAGUUUAUAUUUAAAAAAAAAGUAUUUUCCAAAUUUUCGUAUAUAUUUUUCCCUGUUCUGUGUUUCCUUUUCAUUUUUUUUAGUACAAGUUCACUGCCAGUUUCCUCGAGAUUUAUAAUGAGACUUUACGGGACCUGCUGGUGAGCCGUCCGGAUAAGAAGCUGGAAUACGAUAUCCGAAAGGUCAGCACGUCGAACAGCAGUGUGUAUGUGACCAAUCUGCGCUAUGUGGAGGUCUCCAGCGAGGAGGAGGUGAGACUUACAACAGGCAACCUGUGUGCAUAUAGAGUAAUAGUAAUCGCAUGUGCACCCUCCCUUAAUUUAAUAAUCCCCUUCACAGAUUAAUUAUUUCAGUUCAUUGUUUAUACAGGGCUUUAUGGGGCAGUCUUGGAGCAAAUCUUUAGGGACUGUGGUGUAACCAUACUGGGGAUGCUGGGCAUACUUUCAACUUCAAAAAUUCGAGAGUGAUGAUCACUAUCUGAAAUUUUUUUUUUAAAAAUUAUUUAUAUAUAUGUGAGUAUAUCUCUCUCAAAUAGACAAAACUCCACAGUAGGCAGAGCUUAAAUAAAGGUUCUGUUUCUGUUGUUUUCUCAAAUUUACCCACAAUCCAUCAGUACAAAUCAGUCUUAAAAAGGGGCAAACGGCAGACCUCAUUGGCCGAGUACAACAAAAUGGCACCCAGAUAUUGAGAUCUGGUACACAGUAGUAAAGAUAACUUUAGAUCAAGCCAUGUGUCAAGUGGGACUAUGAAAUUACAUUUAAAGGAAUAAAAGAAAAAUUACAGGACAACUUUAAGUACCUUCUAGCAAUUAUGUUAAAAUGGGUUUAAAAAACAAAACCGGGAAAAUCUCCUGUAAUUACCAUUGCUGUGCAUCACAUAUUGAGUGAGGAGGAGAACAAUAUAGAUAUUUAGUGAUGCAUAUCCUAUAUUUUAUUAUAGCCUCUGGGAUUUAGGGAUUAUAGUAGAGCUACUCCUACUGUUUUAUCUCCUUUCCACCUUUUGUAGGUUAAUGAACUUCUUCAAAUGGCAAAGGCAAAUCGAUCUGUGGCAAAAACUGCGCUCAAUGACCGUUCAUCUCGCAGCCACAGUGUAUUCCAGCUGAAGAUAGAGGGCGAGAACCUGACACGGGAUAUCAGGACAUCAUGUAAGUCUGAAACUGAGCCCUCUUUGAACACCUGUGAAGUUGUGUUUUAUAUGAGCUAUAGCCUGGGACUAUUGCCUUUGAUAGAUUUUUUUUAUUUUACUUUCUAACUAUUUUCUGGCUUAUUUCUACUAAUUUUGAAUUCCAGAGUAGCCUUGUACUGAAAUUUUAUGUCCAAAAAGACAAACACAGGGGGCCGGGCCGCCGAGCUGGAUGGCAGCCAUGAGCUUCGGCUCUGUCCCAAGAUACCCAAAAAACGACUUCAAAAGUGGUCGUGCAGCAUCAUAAAGGGGACAGCCCGGUAACUAAACGAUGAUACACGCACCCUGCACCAGUAAGAUACCUGCAUGGGACCGAUCCCGCACCAAGAGAGCGAAAAGCAGGCAAACAUGGCCGCACAUGGAGGGAGCCAGGAAAGACGAAGCAGCCUGGAGGGGCGAACGUCGAAAGUGAGACCUGGACCCGAGGCUGAACGGACUGGCCCUGCCGGCGGCACGGCCCCGCUCCCCCCCCAGGCCGGUGGGGGUUAUCCCGGGCACAUGGUGACGACCACCGCGGCGACAGAAGCCCGCGCGGGUCGAUCUCCUACACUGGCAAUGAUUCCCAGGAACAGCCCGCCAGCAGAUAAGGGCAGAUGGACUACAAGCACGCACGAAGAGAUCUACCUACCUUUAUGUGGAGGCUUCUGUAUGAGGCUCGAGGGGCCCAGACGGCUGUCGGCCCACGGACUGACACCCCAGAGGGCCUGCCCCCUGGUGACGAUACUGGACCCUGCAUCUGGGUUUCUGGGUGGCUCGGAGAAGGAUGUCCCUGGCGCAGUGAGUCCUGUGGGGCCAGAGGGCUCUGAACCCCUCCGGUAUACCGGUGGCCGGGAGGGAGGAGGCGCUUCGGCUCUAAGUGUGAGGCCUGCGCCGGGUGAGACUCGUGGGCCCAGGUGUUAUCUGGCAACGCAAACGAUGCUGGGGAGGUGCAGGGGACGGCGGGUGCUGGGACUUUUGUGGGGGGUCUCAUGGACUGGCUCGGACCCCGAGUGCCCACGGCAUCGCGGAGCGCCCUGCAGGGGGCCUGAGUCCAAGGUGAGGACAGAUGGAAGACCGGCGUCCUGAGGGACCUCACUGAUCCGGUAUGCAGAUAGCUUACAGUUCUAUAAUUCAGCUCAACAUGCACCGCUGACAACUCCGGGACUAUUCCUAUAAGCAAGCUCACGUGCAAUUCUGGACACUUGAGCAGUUCCUCAACUGUGCUUCGAUAUGCACAAAGAUUCAGUUAAUACCGCUUCAAUGCGAACAAAUUUUUAAGGGAUAGCCAGCAAUUUAUGUUUUAACAGUUGCAUGCAGUUCGCAUCUACUCCGCUUAUAUGAUGCUGUUUCUAAAUUACCAAAUGAAUGUGCAGUAAAUGCUAAAAUGCCCAUAAGGGCCAAAGGUAGACACUGAUACAUAUUUAAUUACUGACUGCCGCACGAUAGUCGGUACAGUCGCCUAUAACUAUAUACCUGAUAUCCAACACAGUACAUAAGAGUAUAAAACAUAAAGCAACCACCUGUGAACACAAACACAAGACAGGACGAAGUCGCCCAUAUGCAGGCAACCAAAUGUAUAUGCAGUGUCAAACCAUUGUCUGUUAACAUAAAACACUUACUUAACGCUAUAAUCGAAAUAAUAUAGCAACACGGUACAUAAGAGUAUAAAACACAACGCAACCACAUGGGAACACAAACACGACAAGACAAUUUCGCCCCCACGCAGGCAACCAAAUGUAUAUGCAGUGUCAAACCAUUGUCUAAGCCCCUGCGUGGGCAUUCACUUGCUUUAUUACGAAUCAAUUUGAUGUAUGACUUUAUAUUGUGCACACAAUAAAAAUAUUCAACACAAAAAGACAAACACAAAGGCCACUAUGUAAAAAUAAUUUAUUUUCACAAUGGUUUGUGUGUUUUUUACUAAAAAUAUGUAACUUAAAUCAAGACAUUGUAUAUUCUCCCUGAGUGUGAUGUUACUUCAUGUAAUUUGCGUACAUGCGUUUUGGAGGUGUUACAGAUUGUGUCUUAUGUUCCUAGCGGUGCUGAGUUUAAUUGACCUUGCUGGGAGUGAGCGUCUGGAUCGGUCACUUUCAACAGGAGAUAGACUAAAGGAAACACAGUCUAUCAACACAUCCCUUUCCACCCUUGGAAUGGUCAUCACCUCGUUGUGUAACAAGGUAAGAACUCACACUGUGAGCUCCCUCGCUUGCCAUUAACUGUCAAUUCAUAACAAAUGGAUUGUGGUAUUCUGGGCAGAAUGCAUUGACCAAAUGAUUGUCGCCUGCAGUGUUUCCAUACGCAGUAAUUCUAAUGAGACAGAAGUGUCUGUGCGGUCCUGUCCUUUCUUUUUUUUUUUUUUAAAUCAAUAUAAUUCAAUUUAAGUAGAACCAUUCGUAUCUUUAACAAAGUCAUGGGAGCAGCCCAUACAACUAAGUCAUUGUGAUUUUUAUGUCUCUUCACAGGAUUCUCACAUCCCUUAUAGAAAUAGCAAGCUCACUUACCUUCUGCAGAACAGUCUGGGUGGGAAUGCCAAAGUGUAAGUAUCUGUAUUCAUCUAAUUAAAUGUCACAUGACACAACAUGCAGCGAAAUGUCAUGCUUUUCAGCCUCCCUGCUUUCUACUCACACUUGCCUUUUAAUGUUUGUUUUACAGACUGAUGUUUGUGAACAUCUCUCCACUUGAAGAAAACUUUGCAGAAUCUCUGAAUUCACUUCGGUUUGCCAGCAAGGUGAGAGGGAGCAGAAUCCUUUCAUGGUUUAAUCAUGCAAUCUGUGUUUGUGCAUCUGAAGUAAUUGUUCUAAUCGGCCAAAAUUAAAUGCAUGAUCUCCCAAACUGCUUUACUGAAAUAGCUGUCAUUCCGGUAUAUUCUCGAAGUAUUCAUAAUUAUUUCACACUCAUAUUGAGGGGCCCCUCUUCCUUCUUGUAAUUGCCGAUUAUGCUGCCAAUCUUUUGAAAUUCUUCCUCUUAAUAGCUCCUUCAUUUAUAUAUAUUUUUCUUAUUUUUUUCUCUCUGUGUAGGUAAAUGAAUGCGUAAUAGGCACAGCGCGCGCCAACCGCAAGUGA